GGUGAUCGAUUCAUUCCGGGUCGGUAACAGUUCUUGCCUGCACCACCAUGUCAUCCCAAUCUCCGUCUCAGCCACCUCCCUUCUCCGAUUUCGAGUAUGUAUUUGAUCCUGCUCUCGCAAGUUUAUCCCCUCCUCUACUUCCCAUCCCAUCAUCUGCAGACCUCUUCUCUCCAUCCGAAACAACUGAUCUGCUAGGAUUCUUGGACAACUUUAAUUGGGAUUUCGAAUCGGAUCCCGCUCUCACUGCGCCCUAUCCUGUGCAGCAAAGCGCGCGUGACCUAGAUAAUUCGGGAGAAAUUAUGUCGCCGAUACUCCCAGAGCGAUCUGAGAUGCCAUCAGAUACUUCAAACGCCAGACCUUCAUCUUCAUCGUCCGCAACUUCGUCUUCUCCCUCGAAACAAGAUUCAACAGGCACAAAGCGCAAGCGAGCUUCUGCAGCCCCGUGUCAGACGGGGAGAGCCAAAGUCCUUCUAUCGACCCCUCAGAAAAGACUCAAUCAUAUCAUGUCAGAGCAAAAGCGUCGUAACGCCAUUCGUGAGGGAUACGCCCAGUUGAUAUCCCUUCUCGCCCCAGCUGGUGCACAGGCUAUUGACAUGCCUACCAGGGGUAGACCAAAGGGCAGCGGUAGCAGGGGGAAGGGUCACAGCAAAGGCAAGAGCGGGGUCCUCUUUCGAACAGUUGAGUAUUGCCGGUGGCUCGAGGAAGGGAGGGAUGCUUUGAUGGAUGAAGUACUUCGUCUUGAAGCAGCCGCAGGCAUUGUCUACCCGUCUCCGUAGUAACGGGUAUGCACCAGCUUUAUUAAGAUAAUCUUCCGAAACCGUAGUGAGUAGUUCGGUCUUUAUGCGUCCGGAGCUCAUCAGUCUUCUAGAAUAUAGGAAAUGCAUUCCCCUUAUUCACUGCCAGUUCAGGGUUACAGAACCCUGGCGGCUCCUUGUAAAGCAUGCCCACAAAUUCCCAUUUUUGCUCGAGGCUGCAGCUGUUUAUAUUGUAUACUUGGUCGAAUUUCUCGACGUGAAUUGUAUUGUACCUUUCCAUAAUUCUUAUCAUGCCUUUCGACGUACUGCCACAUAAAUAGACACAGUUUCUCUUUCUUUGGGGACCGCAUAUUGAAUUGCGAGGUUAUGAUUUUCUGUCCGGCUACUGUCUUGUCCGCUUCCCACCUGCAGGUCGACAGAAAUAAAACACAAACUUGCCUUUCAAAA